AACCCUUCAGUUUUUAUUUAAUCUCUGUUGGCUCUGUUGUUUUGGCUUAUCACUGCCACGGACCGUGCUUUAUCUAUAGCUGCAGAGGUAACGUGUAUGUCGUCACAUUAACAAAGAUAAAGUACUUCGUUUAUAAUUCAUCCGAUUAAUAUCCUCUGUCGAUAUAUGAUACCGAAAGGUCUGCAGCUGUACGUGACUUACCAAUGGUAGGACAUGAGGUGAACACAUCCCGUUAUCAGUUGAAUUGUCAUUAGUCAGUUGAUCAUUUUGAAGUCGACUACCAUCUCAUAAAGAGCCAAUAGCUACAUCUUCGCCUGUGAGCGUCUCACUGUAUUAGAACACCGCUUUGUGUGGAAGUUUGGUGAGAUCAAUUUUACCGCACUUGGGCGAUACUUUCAGAGACGAUGGUGCUAGUAUUUUGGACCUCGAUAAGAAAACAAAAUGUGAUAACGAUAAUACUCAUACUGUGCGUGUCAUAUCACGGGAAUGUUGAAUCAUCCAUUUACUGGGAAGAGGCGAAUAAUGUGACGUAUUGCACGUUGCCUCGUGAUAAGGCAUUGCCCGACCCUGACUGGGGACCCGGAAAUUGCACCCCCAAACCCGAGGACUAUCUUAAAUGUGUGUAUUAUUGGACAAAUGCAUCUGCUACAACCGCUAGGAUUCGUACACACUACUUGAAUAGAACCGAUGCCGCUAUAUCAGACUAUGUGAUUUACGUCGGUCGACCGCUCAUUUAUUGUAUUGGACUGGUUUUCAAUAUCUUAUCCAUUUGUGUUUUCUCACAAAAAGAGCUCCGCCAAGUUGCGACCUGUCAGUUCAUGAUUGCAAUAGCAGUGUUUGACAUUUUAACUAUAUUGAACGGAUUUUUUUACUGGAUUGAAUACGAGCUCCUCGUACCAGUGAUGACUGCACAUGUGGCACUGUGUAAAAUAUCCGUAUUUACAGUAUAUUGUGGACCAGAAAUGAGCGCGAUCACGUUAACUUUAAUGAGCGCCGAGCGACUUUUAAGAAACAUGAACACCGCAGCUCACGAGAGAUGGUUCUCCAUUAAAAGAACCAGUUUGUACAUCGUGGCUAUUGUCUUGGCUAUGGUGCUCCUCAACACAUACAUCUUUGUCUCCGACAUAUUCUUCAAAGAAUGUUGUAAAAAUGUUUGUUGGAAUAUAUAUCAUGAUGGCACUGAUAUGUUAGAACUUCGUGAAAAAAACUGCAGAGAAGACAUGGGGAACAACUGCGGUAUUAUGGGCGCACUUGCCUUCUACAGUGUCUACAGAUGGGUGGCUCUGUCGAUAUACUGGAUCUUGCCAUUUGUCGGGUUGCCUGUCAUCAACGGAUGGUUACUGUACGAAAUAUGGAAGGAACGACGACGACGUAACAAUCAAGAAUGCAGGCCGAUCAUUCCUAUGCCAGAUCUACCUGUUGAUGGCUCAGAAUACAAAGACAGAGAUAAAGAAAUUACAAAAAUGUUAAUACUCGUGACUCUUUCGUAUUGGGUUAUGACAACGGGGUUUAACUUUAUGCAGGCGGGAAUAAUUGACGUGUACCACGCUUGCACUCCCCAUGAACUGGUUAGAAAUUCUACCAUCUAUACAAUCUUUAUGCUUCUCUUUUACUUGAAUCAUGCGUCGAAUUUUUUUCUGUACUGCAUCAGUGCCAAACCGUACCGCGACGAAGUAAAAUGUAUGUUUGCGCGCGGAUACAGAGCUAUCGCGAUGUUGUUGCGGACGAUCGUAACAAAAAUACAAAGUAGCUUUUAUAAUGCAGAGAAUGACAAGAGAUUGAAUUCCGUUCGAGUAUCAUAUCAUAAGAGUCGCUGCAACUCAAUUGACUCACUUUAAACUCGCACAACGCAACAUCUAAUCCCCAAACAUGAAUUUACACGACAAAUAUGCCCUAAUCCUGAACUUCCCUUAGCAAAAUGAAAAGUUUGCAGUUUGAGGCCAGGAGUUUUCAGGAAAAACCUGUAUCGCUGCUAUUUCGCAGCAUAUUUGCAAGGACAUUAAAAUUCCUUUCGAAAAUUUGCAGCAAAUUUACGUCAGGUCUGAUAUUUUGCUAAGGGUUAGGUCUUGUACGGUUAGCAAAUGCUGUACGUUU